AACCUAAGUUAAUGGACAUGCGUAUUUUAUUGCAUCUUAGUGUCGCUGUUCUCCAGCUAAACAUCCUAAUCUGUGACUGUACAGGCGCCAUGACAGUGUCUCAUACGGAGACACACCGGACAGCGACAAAAACUGUGUGAACAGCUCCUGGUGCUGAGCAGUGUUUGGUGGAUAUAUUUCGCGGUCAUUUGCUUUAAAGAAACAUUUGCUAUGAUAAACGCCUUCAACGUAUAUUUACCUUUGACUUUUUCUGCACCAUCUGUAUUAUCUCACUGGAAAAGGGAUAUUUAAUUAGCGGUGCAACAAUGAAAAUGCGUAACACUGGAAAUUCUCGGACGAGGUAUGUGUCCGCACUUUUGUUUAUCGGUACAUUUGUGAACACAGUUAUUGCCGUAACUCAUUACUCUGUUCCCGAAGAAUUAGAGGAAGGGUCGGUUGUCGCCAAUUUAGCUUCCGAUUUAGGUUUGGACGUGAAGACUCUGAGCGGGAGGAAGAUGCGGUUAGACAUUAUAUCCAGCAAAAGAUAUCUGGAUGUGAACAAAGAAACAGGGGAGCUUUACAUUGUUGAGAGGAUUGACAGAGAGUAUCUCUGUGCGAUAAAAACACCAACAUGCUACCUAAAAAUGGAGGCUAUAGUGGAGAAUCCUCAGAGGAUAUUCUAUAUCGAAAUUGAAAUCAUGGAUAUAAAUGACAACGCUCCUCAUUUUCGACGGGACACCAUAAACUUGGACAUUAUGGAAUCAACCUCAUCUGGUGAGAGAUUCUCUGUUAAUAACGCCGUUGACCCAGACCUGGGAUCAAAUUCAGUUAAAACAUACCUUCUGAGCGAAAGUGAACACUUUGACAUAGAAAUUCAAACCGGGAGAGACGGAUCCAAAUUUGCUGAUUUAAUAUUAAAAAAGGGUUUAGAUCGGGAAAAGCAAGCCGUUCACAAUUUAAUACUCACUGCUGUGGAUGGUGGAGUUCCCACUCGCACCGGCACAGCCAGCAUCUUUGUUCGUGUGCUGGACACUAAUGACAACGCCCCAGCGUUCGAUAAAAAUCAUUAUGACGUUAAUAUAAUGGAAAACUCUCCAGUUGGAUCCCUUGUCAUUCAGCUGAAUGCUACAGAUUUAGACGAGGGGACAAAUGCACAGAUCGAAUACACAUAUAGUCUCUACACAUCAGAAAAAGCACAGGCUAUAUUUAACCUGAAUCCUUCCACUGGUGAAAUAACAGUGAAGGGACUGUUAAAUUAUGAAGAUAUUCGUAAUUAUGAAAUGGAAAUCAUAGCAACGGAUAAAGGAGCUACUAGUUUAUCAGGGCAGUGUAAAUUAAAAAUUUCUGUCGCAGAUAUGAAUGACAAUCAUCCAGAAAUUUCGAUCAAAUCAUUUCAUAGUCCGAUCAAAGAAGAUACUGCAGUAGACACAGUGAUAGCAGUAGUUAGUGUCAGUGAUAAGGACUCAGGUGACAACGGAGUAGUUGAUCUUCAUAUUCCAGAUAAUAUGCCUUUCAAACUGAGGGAAUCCUCUGAUAACUAUUAUGAGUUAGUGGUCUCAGAGCCUUUAGACCGUGAGAAGGUCCCAGAAUAUGAAAUCACUUUCACUGUAACAGACAGAGGUUCUCCUCCUUUAUCUGACAAUGAAACUAUGACUUUAGAGCUGCUGGAUGUGAAUGACAAUGUUCCACAGUUCCCUCAGUCAUUUUAUACUAUACGUGUAAUGGAGAAUAACGCACCUGGGGCCCUGCUCAGUUCACUCACUGCGUUUGACCCUGACCUCCAUGAAAACCAGUAUCUAGUUUAUUUCAUCCUAGAGAAGGAGAUAGCCAACACCUCCAUGUCCAUGCUGUUCUCCAUCAAUCCAGAGAACGGUAAUCUUUACGCACUAAAAACUUUUGACUAUGAGAUCGAGAAGGAGUUUCUUUUCCACAUCGAGGCCAGAGACUCUGGCUCUCCACCACUCAGCAGCAACGUGACCGUCCACAUCAUUAUUGUGGACCAGAACGACAACGCUCCGGUCAUUGUCUCUCCGUGGCGCGCGCACGGCUCAGUGGUGGAGGAAAAGAUCCCCAGAUCCACUGAUAAAGGCUCCCUGGUUGCCAAAGUGAUAGCCUUGGACACCGACUCGGUGCACAACUCUCGGAUUACCUACCAGUUUCUACAGGUGACUGACGCCACCUUGUUCAGUCUGGACCAAUACAACGGAGAGAUCCGGACUAUGAGGAUGUUCAGUUACAGAGAUCCGCGACACCAGAGACUAGUUGUUAUUGCCAAGGACAACGGGGAUCCUGCUCUCUCUGCUACAGUCACCAUCAAGCUGUCCACAGUGGAGACUGCUGUUAAGGCCUACUCUGACAUGACUGAGGUGCCUCUAGAAUAUGACAUCUUCUCAGACCUAAACCUGUAUUUGGUCAUCGGUCUGGGCUCGGUGUCAUUUCUCCUGCUGAUCACCAUAUUGGUCACCAUCGUGCUCAAGUGUCAGAAACCCAAGCCCAGCAAAGCAGCUCCUCCCUGCAGGAACAGUGUGAUCAGCGAGAGGAACUCCACCAUCGCAGACUCCACUCUGGUCUCCAACGAUGCCUACUGGUACAGUCUGUUUCUAGCGGAAACCAGGAAAGGAAAGCUGGUGGUCAGACAGCCUGUGCCAAAGGGCUCCAGAUACAUCGUGUCCAGUAUACCAAGGAGCACAGGAAUGUCAGAGACUAGUGAAUCAGCAGCUUCCACUCUGCAGGUAUGA